UUAAUUUGCAUUAAGGUACAUGUCAUGCCACCCAGUGGUUUAACACUCUUAGACUCUAUGACGUCCACACAGAGGUGGCCAGAGAAGGGUUGGGCACUCUUACAGCUGUUGUUGGUAGCGUCUUUCUCUCAGGGUGAGGAGCCGGUGUGCUGGCGGAGAGGGGAUCCUGAGAACCCCCAGCUAUCUAAGGAUGGAGACAUUGUGUUGGGGGGAGUCUUCUCUUUCCACACCAGCUGGAAAGACAGACAGGAUACCUACAUGCAAAAACCACUGCCACUGCAAUGCACCAGUUUCAAUUUCAGAGAGUUCCAGUUUGCCCAGGCUAUGCUCUUUGCCAUAGAGGAGAUUAAUAACAGCACAGACCUACUGCCUGGCAUCUCUCUGGGCUACAAGAUCUAUGAUGUCUGUGGCUCCAUUGCUAGAAGUGUGAGGGUCGCACUGGCCUUGGCUAAUGGUAAUGAAGAGGUAUCUGCACCCUCUGAGUCACCAUGUACCAAACCUGCCCAAGUGCAGGCCAUUAUGGGAGAGACCUCUUCCUCGCCUUGCAGGGCUAUAGCUACUGUCAUUGGACCCUUUCAUAUCCCACUGAUCAGUCACUAUGCUACUUGUGCUUGUCUCAGUGAUAAAACCAAGUACCCAUCCUUCCUCAGAACAAUACCCAGUGACUACUACCAGAGCAGAGCCCUGGCCCAUUUGGUCAAGCACUUUGGUUGGACUUGGGUUGGAGCUAUUAGAACAAAUGAUGAUUACGGCAAUAAUGGUAUGGCCAUAUUCACAGAAACCGCCCGGCAGCUGGGCAUCUGUCUGGAGUACUCUGUAUCUUUCUUCAGGACAGAUCCACCAGAAAAAGUAAAACAAAUCAUUGACAUUAUCAAAGCUUCCACUUCUAAGGUGAUUGUCACUUUCCUCUCCCACAUGGAUAUAGACAUACUAAUACAUGAGAUGUCUCUCCACAACUUGACUGGGUACCAGUGGGUAGGUACUGAGGCCUGGAUCUUUGAUUUCCAAACUGCAGCCAUGGAUAUGCAUCACAUUCUGGAUGGUGCCAUAGGCCUGUUCAUCCCAAAAGCACAAGUCAGUGGCAUGAGAGAGUUCAUUUUGGAUGUGGAGUCACUAAAUUCAUCCAGCAAUGAAUUGUUCACAGAGUUUUGGGAGACAUUAUUUAGCUGUAAGUUCAAGCAGUCAUCAGCAGAAAAUCAGAGAGAAUGUACAGGACAUGAAGAUCUGACUGGAGUGCAAAACAGCUUCACUGAUAUGUCGCUCAUGCCUAUCUUUAACAAUAUCUAUAAAGGAGUGUAUGCUGUGGCUCACGCACUUCAUAAUAUUCUCAACUGUAAUAAAACAUGUAACAGGAAGGUGCAGCUUGAUCAAUUUACGAAAAACAGCUGAAUCUGCAAAAUAAGUCUUUAUUUUGGGCAAAGAACUCACAACAGGUUCCAGUGUCAGUUUGCAGUGAGAAAUGUCCCCCAGGAACUCGCAAGGUUCUCCAGAAAGGAAAGCCUGUCUGCUGCUAUGAUUGUAUCAGAUGUGCAG